AUGGAGCAGGAUUGGGCGGUGCUUGCGCAAAGCAUCGUGCAUGUCAGAGGCCCACUGACCAAAGGCCUUACUGCGGGGAGUUUUUCAGACCGUUUGGCGCCCUUCACUUUGACUGCUUGGCUUUUCCUGCUGUUCUGGUAUUUGAUGUUCUUCGCACACGAGAUGUAUGCUGCGAAGAUAGAACCGCUGUUGGCCAACGGGAAGUCUAGCAGUUUGCUCUUCCAGUCUUCCUUACUCUUCUAUUGGUUUUGCGGCUACGUUAAUGAAGCGAUGCUUCUGCCAGUGACCUUGGAUUUUGCCGCCAGCAUGGGCCAAAGCGCCACGAUGUCUGGUUUCUUUAUUGGUAGUUCUUUGAUCGCCUCGAUUCUGGGGGUCUUCAUGGGCAAGGGUGGUGAAUGA